AUAAAACAGGUCUUAAGAUGUUCAAACACCAAAUAUAGAACCUUUCGCAACCUUGUUUUAUUGCCAUAAAGGGUACAACUCCUUAUUCUUUCGUCUCAAAUGGUCUAGGGGAGAGUGGUGGUGGGUGGGGGGAUGGAUGGAGGAGGGAAAAAAAAACCUCUCUCUGGUCUUGCGUUGAAGCGUAAAAAAACCCUCUGAGCUGGCAUCAGCCCCGUCCGCUGGGAAGUAUUCGCGGUGUUGUUGAGGUUUCCAUGCUGGGUGUCGUUUCGUCUCCCUCCUCCUCCUCCUCGUCGUCGUCGCCUUCGUCGCCACGGCAGUAACCUGUCUCUCUGCCCGUCUCUGUCUCCGUUCGGUGGACCGCUCCGACGUCUGGUCUCUCGCCGACAAAAGCUCUUUACCCCCCCACUCCCCCCAUCAAAGAGCGUCGUUGAUAAAUGGCCAACGAGGAGGAGCGCAGCCAGAUAUUCUUCCCACCGCUGGCUGUGCCACAUUGAGUGACGACAAUUCGGUUGCCACCACCCUCUGGUAUUUGCGGGCGUUGACAAAAGAAGGUAAGCUUGGAGAGAGGGCUCGCUUGACCACCCCCCUCCCAGCCACCCACGACUACCUGCCCCGCAAGCACUGCGACUGGGUGAGGAGAGCAAACGGCACGGGUAGUAGUAGUUUCUUCCCGCGUGGCAACGCAGCGGCGAGGAAGACAAUGUCCCUGGUAACGCCGUCGAGCAACGAUGCUUGCCUGAGCAUCGUGCACAGCCUCCUGUGCCACCGCCAGGGUGGGGAGAGCGAGACCUUCGCCAAGCGCGCCAUCGAGAGCCUCGUGCGCAAGCUCAAGGAGAAGAAGGACGAGUUGGACUCCCUCAUCACCGCCGUCACCACGAACGGAGCGCACCCCAGCAAGUGCGUCACCAUCCAGAGGACCCUGGAUGGGAGGCUACAGGUUGCAGGCCGAAAAGGCUUCCCCCAUGUGGUCUAUGCACGCAUCUGGCGGUGGCCCGAUCUACACAAGAAUGAGCUGAAACAUGUCAAGUUCUGUCAGUACGCCUUUGACCUAAAGGCUGACAGUGUAUGUGUUAACCCUUACCACUAUGAGAGGGUCGUUUCUCCUUGCAUUGAUUUAGCUGGAUUGACUUUACAAAGUACAGGUCCUUCGAGUCUGCUGGUGAAAGAUGAGCCCAUCCUCGACUGCUUGGCGGCAGACAGCCCCUCGGGCCGGCUCGCCUCUGAGGGGGCCCACGGCAGCUUGCAGCUCAUUUCACACCAGGCUCAAGCUCCUCCAUCUGUUGCCCGAACACAGCUGGAUGUCUUCGCCGGGUCUACCAUUCUGCCCCCUGCCACAACGCAGUCAAUCUCAAGCCAGGGCGACACCUCCAUCCCAACUACCUCCGCUGGUUUCAUCCCCGCUGGGCAGAGCUCUCUGCUGGCAGUGGGCCACGGCGAUCGAAUGGUCGCCGUGUCUGGUGGACAGCAACCGGUCACGCCACAGAAUGGCUUCUCGAGCCAGCCUCAGCCUUUUCACAAUGGUGCUGCACCCACAUGGACGGGCAGCAGUACGGCCACCUACACAGCGAACAUGGUCCACCACCAGAAUGGUCCUCCCGUUCCUCACCACCCGCCCUUGCAUCAUCCCAAUCAUUACUGGCCUCCACACCACAAUGAGCUCUCUUUCCAGCCUCCUCUUUCCACCCAUCCAGAUGCACAUGGGUCAAACUUGCGUUCCCAGCGUAAUAUCGGUCCAGAGUUCUGGUGCUCCAUUGCAUACUUUGAGAUGGACGUCCAGGUGGGCGAGACGUUCAAAGUGCCCUCCAGCUGCCCCAUUGUAACGGUGGAUGGCUACGUGGACCCUUCGGGUGGCGACCGCUUUUGUCUCGGCCAGCUCUCCAAUGUUCAUCGGACUGAUGCCAGCGAAAAGGCGAGGCUUCACAUCGGUAAGGGCGUCCAGCUGGAGUGCCGGGGAGAGGGGGACGUGUGGGUCCGCUGUCUCAGCGACCACGCCGUUUUCGUGCAGAGCUACUACUUGGAUCGGGAAGCAGGCCGGGCACCCGGAGAUGCUGUACACAAGAUCUAUCCCGGCGCAUAUAUAAAGGUGUUUGACCUCAGACAGUGCCACCGGCAGAUGCAGCAGCAAGCUGCUACCGCACAGGCAGCUGCUGCCGCACAGGCAGCUGCCGUGGCUGGAAACAUCCCCGGUCCUGGCUCUGUCGGAGGCAUUGCUCCAGCCAUCAGUUUGUCGGCGGCAGCAGGCAUCGGCGUGGACGACCUGCGGCGGCUCUGCAUUCUGCGCAUGAGCUUCGUGAAGGGUUGGGGCCCCGACUACCCACGGCACAGCAUCAAGGAGACGCCCUGUUGGAUCGAGAUUCACUUGCACCGGGCCCUACAGCUGCUGGACGAGGUGCUGCACACCAUGCCCAUGGCCGAUCCUCGGCCGCUCGACUGAGGACCGUUUCUCCCCAGCGACGCGCCCAAGGGUUUUGCACUGCGUUGAUUCGUGUGUGUGUGUGUUUGUGUUGAAGCAGCAUUAUUUGUCUUCGUUGGAGGAGGGAAACUUUGAUCGUUACCAACGUUGAUGGCCUAUGCCUUGCAGAUGCCCUCGGCUCAUUUUCUCUUUUGUGUGUUCACUUGAAGAUGAUUUCAAGUUGGUAUUCUAGUCACGAGUGAAAUGCAAUGUAUAGAUCUCUGGGGACUUUAUCAUGUCCUAACUUGCAGUCCUAAUCGAAGAAAACUCAAAUUGGCAAAUUCAAGUCAACAUGUUGCUUGACUGGAGUAUUGCAAGCCUAGUUAUCUGGCUUUCAGAUUUUCAAGUGCGAUAACACGAUGAAGUUGCAACAAAUGAGAAUGGAUCUUUGUGUAAUUGCAUUGUUCGUGCGCCAUGCAUCAUGCACGUUUCAUAACUUAAAAUGCGUCUUAAAUCCACUUAAAAGUCAUAAAAAUGUAUAACUACAUACAACUUAAAUGGAUUUAUGAAAUGUUACAUACGAUUAGAAUAAUGCAAUGAGAUGCAAACCAUUGUAAUGAUUAAUGCAAACAUUUGCACCAAGAAAAUCAAUAUAUAUGUAUUUUUUUAAUUUUUAUAUGUUUAAGCUAGUAUAGUCUUGGGCAUUUAAUCAUAGCUUAGUCUUGACCUAUGAAUUUUUCAUUAUGUUGGCAGUAUCUGUAUACAGCGUAAUGUAUUGUGGCAUCUGUAGUGACGUGUACAUAAAGGUAAGGUAUGUUUACAAAUAAAGCCAUCUUUAGAGCCUUUAAAUUGUUUAUUGUGACCAUGUGGUUGCAGGUAAUGUUCUGCCUACUGUUAAAUGCUCUAUAUUCUUGUCUUGUAGAAUUAUUACAAAGUACUGUUUGGAUAUUGCAUAUACAUUUGUAUUGUUUUAUUUUGAAAUCUUAAUUAUGUAGAUUUGCUCUAAUUGUUUUGCUGUUUUAAUAUUGCUCGUGAACUCGUUGGUUCUUUCGGUAAUUUCACGUAGGUAUAAAAUAAAAUGAAUCACGACGUUUCAAUCGCAACACAAACGGCCGUCAUCAGGUGGAACAGAUACAGCAGGAGAACUGCUGACA